CGCUGCUACCACUUGGACGCACAUCGAGUCUUCUUAAGCUCGCAUUUAAUCCUGGCUUAGAAACGUGUGAGUCGUGACAGUCACCUGUCUUGCCACCAUCUUGUAAAAUAUUCUGAUAUAAUAUAGGCCGGGUGGGACUCUGACGAUCAUCAACUUGCAAAGGCAUUCUUUGAUACAGGUAUACACACUCUAACGACAACGUGCAGAUUUCUGCGACCAAGGGUCGACGUUUGUUACGGAGUUAAAAGACACACCUCCUUGGACAUCAUAGCCAGACCGACAGCGAUGAUAAUAAGAAGCACUAUAGCUGCGCUCUUGUUGGUAGCAUUGGCAGCAGAACCUGCAAGAGGGCUGCAAGUCUUCGUGACAAAUUUGACAGUAUUCACAAAACAUCGCCUAAACUUUGAAGGCGACCUGCGUGUGUACUUUCAAUGCCAGGGCAACGACAGAGUGAAUCUGCCAGACGUCACUAUUGAGGGUCACCCCUACUCGUGGCCCAAGGAGAACCAGCUGCUCACAACCAUCACACGCUCCACCUGCAAGCAGUGCGGCUUCUACGAGGAUAGGCUCAUACCCUUUGUUAAGGAUGACCCUAUCGGAGCGGAGUUCCCUCUGUGCGAGUCAGACUUCAACAGCGAGGACAGCGAGGACAACAUGGUGCGCUGGUUUGCAGACACACAGUUUGACGCUGUGCUGUUCUGCGGAGACUGCAAGAUCCCCUCACCGCCGCCGCCGCCGGCCGCCGCCUUCGAUCCCAACGGCGGCGUCACCAACUUUGCUGCGGUGGACCCGGCAGCGGCGGGCGCUGCAUCCAGCGGCGGGGGACAUUGGUGGGCGGCCACGGGAGCCAUUGUGGGCAUGUCAGUCAGCGGCGCAGUGCUCGUGGGAUUCAUGACUGGGCUGGUGGCAUACUCCUGGUACAAGCAGCGGCAGUCGAGGAAGAAGGAGGAGCGCGCGAGGGCGUUUGAGGCAGUCUUCAGCGACCCAGAACUGGACUUGGAGGAGGUGGCAGCGCAGGAUGCAAAGGCAGCCGGAUUCAACCUCUUUGGCGGCAACAAAUGGACCCGGCUGCGAGACACGCAGGAGUAUGCUGAGGCCGUGGAGCAGGAGAGGAGGCGGCAGGGGAUGCCACUGCCCUAUCCUGGUCUCAGGUUGGAGGAAUAUAAUUAUUCAGCUGCAAAGGGGCCCCAUUACCCGGAGGCCUACCUGGAGAGCAAGCACACUUUGCCCUUCGCACACUGGCGUACGCCAAAAGGGGUGGCAGAGUGGACAGGUUUUCUGGCAGCGCAGGCCUUAAAUGCAGCAGCUGCCAUGUUGGCGCACGGACCCGCGUGGCUGUUCAGGAUUCCCAGGGACACUGUCUGGUUCCGGCGCGUGCUGCUCCUGGAGUGCCUCUCCCCUGUUCCCGGCACUGUCGCAAGCAUUGUGGCGCAUGUGCGGGCGCUAGCCACGCUGCGCGGCCCUGGAAGCUUCGUGGAAAGCUACCAACGUGAGAGCGGCAACGCACAUGCUCAUCUGCUCACACUGCUGCAGCUGCGCCCCUCUCUAUCACUCCGCGCACUCGUCCUUCUCAGCCAGGCCGCAUUCGCGCUGCCGUACGCUGCGGCGUACGCUGUGGCACCGCGGGCAUGCCACGCAUUCGUGUGCCACCUCAGCGGCCUGACCGGGGAGGCCAUAAGCGGUGCACUGCGGGACCUCGACUCCGGCAGCAUUCCCUCCUGGCAGCGCCUCCCCGCCCCUGAAUCAGCAGCCGCCUAUUGGGGCCUCCCGGAGGGUGCCACUAUGCGCACGGUGCUGCUGGUGGUGCGCGCUGACAUGGUCGCCAGGUCAGCCAUCAACCAGGAUGCCGACCCCGCCACCUUCCAGCCGGGCUGCCAGCUGGCGAGUCUGGAGGACAUCCUGGCAGAAGAGUAUGCGCUGGAUUAUAAUCUGCCGCAGGGGCCGGUCAUCCUGCGCUCACGUUCCAAUGCAAGCUCCCUCAGCGACACCGGCAGCUUCCACUCCGGCAGCCGCAAAGAUCUGGCGUCCCCCGCAGCAACGCCCGCGCAUCGGCGGCUGCACAGCGCAGCGCGUGCAGCUUUCCAUGACCUGACCCCCGCCAAGUUUGGCCGUGCCAAAUCUGGCCGUGCCAGCAGGGCAGACCCCAAUCCUGCGCUCACCAGCAUCAGUCUCACAGAGGAAAAGUAUGCGCAGCUGCAAGCAGUGGAGGAGGACAAAAGCUCCAAACCUGCAGCUGAGAAGGGCCUUGCAGAGAAGUUCAGCAUGGAGGGCAAACAGGCUGAUCUGGCAGCCAUCAUGGACAGCAUGUGGGGAUCCAGCCGUUUCUGA